GGAGGGAGGGAUUUGAGUUUGGACGACUUCUUCCAAUGGCAUUGGCAAUUUCUUCGUAAUUUCCAUUAUUUAAAAUUUCAUAUCAAACUCAAAAUCAAUAUCUAUGGAACGUCACCCAUGAAGUCAUCAGCCCAUUUCUCCAUAUUGACUUUCAAUCCUUCCGGAAAGCGAGAGAAUGUAAAUUUUGGAUAUUGACUUCUUCUCCUUUUAGGGCGUAACUAGAUAAAUAAAUGGUAAGAUACUGAUCGAGUUAAACUUCAGGGGAAGCCAUUUCUCUGCAAUCUGCAGUCUUUCGAAGUUUUGGAGCUCGGCAAGAAAAAUGACAUAUUGUUCUCAAUGGUGGCUGCUUUCACUGGCAAUUUUUCUUUUGGCUUUAACUGUGCAAGCUAAUGAAAAUGUGGUGAAAACUGAUGUCUUCUUAUCUCCAAAGUUUGAGCUGGGACCAGGACAAGUGGCGGAUAAAUUCUACUAUAAUAUUGACUUUCCAAGAGGUCAUAUUGCAAUUAAGGAAUUUAAUGGUGAAGUGGUUGAUGAGUUGGGAAAUUCUGUACCUCUUCAUGAAACUUAUCUCCAUCACUGGAUUGUAAAAAGAUAUUAUGCUCCCAAGGGUGAGAAAGUCCAUGAGGGUAAUGGUGAUCAGGAGCUUCACUUUUCAAAGAAUUUUGCAGUGAGAAAUGCUGGAACAUGCCAGGGGAGGGUUCUGGGGCAGGAAUUUGGUAUUGGAUCUGAAACACGCAAAACAAAGGUUUAUGUUCCAGAUCCUUAUGGUAUAGAAGCUGGGAAUUCAAUGGUAAUACCUAAAGGAUUCGAGGAGAGAUGGUUGCUCAACAUUCAUGCAAUUGAUACGCGAGGUGUGGUGGAUCGGAUGGGAUGCACAGAAUGCAGGUGUGACCUCUAUAAUAUCACAAGGGAUAAGGCUGGCUGGCCUUUGCGUCCAGGUUAUACUGGAGGCCUAGCUUGUUGUUAUGAUCAAGUACAGUGCAGGAUGCAAGAAGGCUUUGAUAAUAUAAAGAGAAGCCUCUAUUUGAGAUAUACUGUGAAAUGGGUUGACUGGGAAAACAGUAUUGUUCCUGUUAAUAUUUAUAUAUUUGAUGUUACUGAUACUGGGGAAAGGCCAGCUGGUUCUACCAGAAAUGGUUGUCAGGUAGAGUAUGAUGUUGCGUCUUGUGUUGGAAAUUGUAUGGAAAAUAAUGGGUGUGUAGAUACCAAGAAAGCAAGAAUUGCCAUGUCUGACGACGGGGGUGAGAUUAUCUAUGGUGUUGCCCACCAACACUCCGGGGGACUUGGCGCAACUCUAUAUGGAGAGGAUGGUCGAGUUUUAUGUUCUUCUUUACCAAUUUAUGGAGAAGGGACUGAACCAGGUAAUGAGGCUGGUUACGUUGUGGGAAUGUCCUCUUGCUAUCCUCAACCAGGCACAGUUAAAAUGUCUGAAAAGGAGACUUUGACUUUGGAGUCCAACUACAACAGCACCCAAAAACACACAGGUGUGAUGGGCCUCUUCUACAUUUUGGUUGCAGACUCACCACCAAGGCGCAUGCCUUCAUUGCUAACUUUCAUUCAUGAUCAAGUGGCAUUAGUAUUCAUGGGCGUUACCGUAGCCGUUGUUGUUGCUGUUGGUUAUCUUCGAAGGAAUCGAAGAGAAAGCGGUUACCAAUCCAUAUUGAUGCAACAGUAAUGGAGAAGGGUUAUUUUGGCCUCCAAGAUUAUAGUGUCUCAGAUGACACCCUUAUGCUAUAUACAGCGAACUUUAAUCUGCCAUACUUUUUGUUGUAUAACCCAAAUAAUGAUGGCUAUGAUAGCAUGAAGCUGAUUAUAUUGUUAAUAUGUGUGCUGGGGAUUCAGAAUAUUUUGAUCUUGUACUGGUUUUUAAUCGCAUCCUUCUUUAAUUAGGUAUA